GCCUCACUCAGCAUAUUAGAAAAAUUCUCUUGAAAUGACUGCCGUGCUAACAGCUGCACAGUUCUCUGACACAAUUAAGCUUCUCAACGCUUUCGCAGAGCUUUGGGCCGUGCUGCUCGAAAGCUCGCCAAGGGAUCCGUUUCCUCGAGGAAGUAGACUCAAUAAGUCGGUGACUUGCCAGAUUUCUUGAGUGCUUCUUCGUGUCAGAACACUUGAGCGAUGGCCGAGGAACAGUGCGCGAUGAACUCUGGACGCCGGGAACUCUCUCCAAUGCAAAGGCGUGCGACCCGCUGUUUGCACUGGUUCGUCUGGAUUGCCAUGGUUGCCUACGCGAUGGGCCAUUUCGCCGCCAGCGAAGUCAACACGAGCCUCCCGCAGAAGCUGAUUUAUUUCGAAGGUGGCCCGCUCAGUCGUAGCUCGUACUACGGCGUCACGAGAUACUGGGACCUCACGGACCGGGAGUGGAGAGAGGGAAGGCUCUUCCUCGUGACGACCUGGCCCUGGCUUCUGCUGCACUCCGUCAUCGGUCGGGCACUUGCCCACGUGGUGCCAUCGCUGGUGCCCGGGUACCACGUGGCCUACUCGCUGAUCUUCGUGUCGCUCAAGUUUGGCUGGCACAGCGCCGCGUUCUUCGUCUUCGAGCACGGAGUGUUCUUCGCGCUGUCCUGGAUCGGUGUUCCCGUGCUGUGCUACGUGGUGGCCAUAGUCAUGGUGGCACACUACGACUUGUUCCGGCUCGACUUUUUCCUGAUGGAGAAACCGAAGCCAUCGCUAACAGUUCGUGAGAUCGCGAUGCUCGUCGCCGGCCUUCUGCGUUCUGGUGCUCACUUUCUGCUGAUGGACCUCAUGUGCCAUUACUUUUACAGCGCCGCGUUAACUCAAGCGCCUCACCUGGUAUCGAAGCUGGACAACACGAGCCUGCUGGGAUACGGUGCCAUCCUCAACAUCAUGUUCUACUCCAAGUAUCUCAUACAGUACGGCGUGUCUGGCGGUUGUGCUAGAAUCGAAGGCCAUAACCUUCCAGCACCUCCGAAAUGCGUCGCUAGGGGGCACCUGUGUUCGCACUUCUGGAGGUAUUUCGACCAUGGCCUGCACUUGUGGAUCAAAAAGUACGUAUACCUGCCCAUAGUGGGCACCGAAAGGAAAGUGCACUGGCGGCUCGUGGGCAUCGCUGCGGCCUUCACGUGCGUCUGGGUCUGGCACUCAAUGACCACUGCGGUCACCUUCUGGGCAUCGCUCAGCAUGGCCGGCGUAGCGGUCGAGGUGGCGAUGGCUCAAAUCAAGAAGCUGGACUGCGCCAAAAGCUUCGAGGCCAAAUACCUGAACCCCGAGCGAACAAGGAUUGUGAAGGCCAUCCUUGGGGCGCCCCACUACCUCCUUACCAUAUUUGCCUGCAUGUUUUAUUUGGUAGACAUGGAGACCACCACCAUAUUCUUCAGAAGGAUCAUUCUCGGAUUUCCGGUACCCCUGGUUCCGGUGCUGGUCUCCCUUUACUUCGGAGCCUACGCGUCACAGGACGUCAUGGAGUGGGAGGCAGCGUCGGCUGCUGCAAAAGUCACAGAGCCACGAGUCGUUUGAGGUGCACGAAUUAAAAACUGCCUCGGACCACUUCCGCAGACGAAGCAGCUGGACAUGUACGCAGCGGACUAGAAUGUAAAUUUUAUUGACGUGUUUGGACAUUAUUCAAGGAGCUUACGUGUGAUGUGAAAGGACUGACGAAGCAAGAACCUCUAGGUGAAUCGUGUGUACCCAAAUUCGUUUCUUUCUUUUUUCUUUUCAUCUGUACCACAAGCACGCCUGAUUACAAGAGACACGCCAGUGACGGAAACGUUAAGCGCAUUUCGCCGCUUGGUUAAAGACAGAAAUGUGCGCUUCUGCAUAGGUGGGGAACAGAAGAAUGUAAAUAAACCAUUCGGAAGCUGGAUC